CCAAAGUGUGUUGGAGAUUAACAUCAUUUUCAUGGCAACUGGCUAUUACAUCCUCAUAACAUCUCUCUUUUCUUGAUGCAAGGUCAGAGGGCAAGCAGGCAGGCAAAAUAACCAACAUUCUAAAAGUGUCGGUUGGUGACGCUGUCAAUUUCGAUUCAGCUGCAACGUUCUGAAGGUGUCCGUUGGUGAAUUUAAACCGUAACUCUACACGAGUGGACAUGUUUGAGGGUUGCCUGUCAUUGUGUGACCAAAACUCAAGAAUGAUUGCAUUCAGGAAAUUCCUCAACAAGAAAUCCCUGAGGGCUGUCACUGGGGAGUUCCUGGCAACCCUAAUCUUUGUCCUGUUCAGCGUGGGCUCAACAGUAAAUUGGGAAGAGGUGGACGAUCAGCCGCUGCCUGCUUCCCGGCUCCUGAUCUCCAUCUCCUUCGGGCUAAGUUAUGCAGUUAUGGUGAAGUGCUUCAGUGACAUCAGCGGUGCUCACAUUAACCCUGCUGUGACCUUGGCCAUGGUGUUCACUCGGAGGCUCAACAUCGUCAAGGCCUUCAUCUACCUGGUUGCCCAGUGUCUGGGAGCCACCGCAGGCAGUGCCAUCCUGUUCGUGGUGACGCCGGAAAGUGUGAGAGGACACCUUGGAGUGACCUGGGUGAGCUCCAGUCUGACAGUGUUCCAGGCAUUCAUGGUGGAGCUGCUGAUCACAUUCCAGAUGAUCUUUGUGGUGUAUGCCACCUCUGACCCCAAAAGCACUCACCUCAAGGGCUCAGCUGCAGUAGACAUCGGCCUGUCCAUCUCAAUCGGGCACCUGUUUGCGGUACCUUACACUGGAGCGAGUAUGAAUCCAGCUCGCUCUCUUGGACCUGCGAUUGUCACCGGAUUCUGGGAAGACCAUUGGGUGUACUGGGUGGGCCCUAUCCUAGGAGCAAUCAUCGCCGCUGCUCUGCACAAGUAUUUCCUCCACCCGAGCCUGAAGAAGCCCCUGCUGGAUGGUGUUUCUGAGAAGGAGGAGGGAGCGGACAUGCUCCAGGCCACAAACAUGGACGAAAGCAACCAACCAGAGUCUUUCGGCGGCAUCGCUGACCUGGAGGUGGACGAGAGCAACAGGCUGGAGUCUUUAAAUGACAUCAACAUUGAGAACCCCGCAGACAAUGAGUCUGACCUUUUCAGCACGGGAAAGAAGAACGAAGCGCUUUCUCCAGUAUGAUUUAAAGAAUGGACACCGGCGAUUCUGACACACAUUUAACAUUGGUUUUAGUUAGGAAAGUGAAUUGUUACAGUUCCUUGUGUCCCAUGGUCUUUGACUUAAGUAUGGAGGUUAUGCUGUGGAAAUCAGAUGAUGAUCUAUGAUAGCAUGUGCUCUCAUUUGUAAUCUUUUUCAAAACACAAUUCUCUACAUCUUGCAUAUCUAUUAAAACUUAAAGUGUUGAUAAUAGCACCACUUAAAUCAAUACUAAAAUUCACAAUUAAAAAUAGUUAAGAUAUUGUUGCUUAGUUAUAAAAAAUACAAUUUGUAUUUAAAUGUUUACUAUUGCUUUUAGGUUAUAUUUUUUGCUGUAAAUGUUCAUGUACUUUGUCAUUGUUUUUUGACGUGUUGUGAUAUUACCUGGUUUCGUGAAGCAACAAAUAAAUCCAAGUUCCAAGUUA